UCCACCCCACGCAGUCCCACUGAUGUCUACGAAUCGAGUGAUUUGAGAGCACAAUUUAGGGUUUGCUGCGCACUGGAUCGAGUUCAUGGGCUUCCGUUCCGUUCAGGCCUCGCCUCUCCCUCUGAUCACCGCCUUUCCUCCUAGUCUCCCUCUGAUCACCGCCUUUCCGCCCACAAGCCCUAAGGGCGGAACAACGGGAGAGGACUUAGCGCCGUCUGUUCUGAUAUUUAUUUUUCCGUCAGGAGGCAACAUCCUUGCCCCCUGUCGAGCCGGUCUGAUGGACACCUCCGUUCCCCCCGACUCCUCCGCGCCUCCGCCCGUCGCGCGGCUACCAGCAGCCCGCCGCUACCUCCGCCGCAUGCGCCCCGCCGACAAGCAGCGCCAGCAGCAGCAACCAAUAGCCGCUGCAGGCGCUAGCUCUUCCCCUUUCGCCGCCGUCGCCGCCUCGCUGUCGCAAUCAUCACCCACUCCCAGCCGCUUUAAUCCCUUCGCCAGCGUGACCGCGUCUCGCAAAGUCGCCCCUGUUAUCACCCUCGAAAGUAUCAGCUUCGGUGACAGCACAACAGCAGCGAACCCUUUCUCGCUCCCGCACGCCUCUGUCUUUCCAUCUGUGGGCCGCCCAGCGUCAUUCCAUGCUGCCGCGCCGAUUUUUACCGCAGGAACAGGUUCGUCGCGAGGAGACGUCGCACGCCCUGCGACACCUCUGACUCCCUUGACGACCUUCCUGGCGAAUUCUUCGGCGGCUGCGGCUGCGAAUCCUGCUCGCGACAGCUGCGACGUCGCGGAAACCAGAGAGUUGUCGGUUCCAGUCGCUACAGGGAGGUCGGGGGAAGCGGAGGACGGAAACGAGAAAAUCGAGAGAAGCCGUGAAGAGGGCGUUGCGGGCACGUUAGGGAGAGGAAGCAGCAGGUGCAGACUUGGCGAAGGCGAGGACUGCGAAAUAUUCGAUCAAGACGAAAAUGGCGAAAGACCUGGCGAAAGACCUGCCGGGGAAGGUAGAAACGUUGACGCCGUUAACUGGGAGGGUACAUUCGAUGAAGGUAGAAGCGGAGAAGGCAGAUUCGGUGAAGGUGUGUACCGCGAAGCAAGAAUCGGCGAGUGUGGGACACGACUAGGCGAGGAGGGUAGGGACGGGAGGCAUGCGGGGGAGGAGGAGAGACAAGAAGGCGACGGGGACGAGAGGGGAGGGCACGGGCGGCGAGAGCUGGAGAAAGGCGAGGACGAACACGCAGAGGAGGACGCGAUAGAGGAUAUCUCGCUACAAGGGAACUCGGUAGAGGACGAAGAGGAGGAAAGCGCGGGGAGCGAGGGGUGCGAGGGGAGUGAGGGGAGCGAGGAGAGCGAAGGGGGAGACGAGGGGGAGGAGGACGACACUGCGAGCGACGCGUCGUCCGAUCCCCCGAGAGCCCCCUCCCCGUCGCCCCCCCCGAACCUCAACCCCCUCGCGCUGCUCGCGCUCUCCCACGCGCCCUUCCCCUCCGCGUCGUCCAUCACCAGCACCACCGCCACCACCUUUUCCGGCGGCACCAGCCCCACGCUCUCCUCCGCCGCCGCCGCUUCCUCCCGCUCCGCCGUCUCCCCGCCCACCUCCCCCUCCGCGCCCUCCCCUUUCCCCGCCUUCUCCAUCGCCCCGCCCCACGCCUCCCACCCGAUUCCCCACCCCCGCCCGCCGUCGUCCGCCGUUGUUAACAUGGCUUCGCUAACGGCUUCGCAGAAGUUCGCCAAGUUGCUUCAGCAGCUCGCGAAGCAGUCCGCGGAACUGUCGGAGCUGCGCGGGGAGCUGGCGGACGCAAAGGCGGAAGUGGCGGAAAUGCAGGCGGUAGUGGCGCAGGCGGGGCUGGAUUUCGUGCGCGAGCGCAUGGAAAAGGAGCGCUUGGGGCAGGCUUGCGCAAAGCUCAACAACGCGCUGCUCACCUCCCGCCGCGAGACCUCCGACGAGCGCGAGCGGCGCGAGCUGGCGGAGCGGCUGGCGGUCGCGGCGGAACUCGCGCGGCGGCAGCUGCUGGAGGAGAUCACGCUGGAGCGCGCGCAAUUGGCGCGCGCGGACAACUGGCGCGAGCACAACCUGCAUUUAAAGCUCGUGGAGGCGCAGAUGGUGGUUUCCGAGAAGGUGGGCAUUCUCGAAGUGGUUCACGCGGAGCUGGAGAAGAAGUUCCGCCAGGUGGGCGCGGGGAGGCUGUGGCGCGGGGAGGAGGAGCGCCCGUUCGGAUGGUUUCUGAAGUUUCUCGGGCAGCCCGAAGGCAAGGCCGCGGGUACUGGCGGGGAUGGUGCUCUAAGGGAUACUGGUUCUUCUAGCGGAGCUGCUUCAAACGCGGCUGGUGCUCAGGAUGCGGAGCACAGGGGUGAUAGUGAUAGCGCUAGAGGCAGUACCGAGAGUGACUGUGACGAGGACGACAAUGACAGGAUUGGCAGUAGCUCUGACUCGCUCUCCGAGGCUGUCCCGCUGGUCGGGGGCGGCGGAGACGAGCUUCGGAUUCCAAAGCUGCGGGACAGGUCCGGGAAUGCGGGUGGCAGCAGCAGCAGUGCGCGGAUUCCAGGGCGGGGGGGAGGCAGCAGGUGCAGGUGGCGGGGCGAUCGGCUAUUGGACGCGGAAGAGCCCACGUGGCAGGGAGGAUAUCACGGCUGUAGCGCGUGCGGGCAUGGCAGGGCGUCGGCUGUAGCAGCAGCUGCAGCAGGGAUGUGCAGCUUUUGUAGCAGCUGUGGCGGAAGAGGCACUAGGAGUAGGGCUAGUGGGGUGGGCGGGAAUGGAGGCAACGGUGUUGAGUCACUGAGUUUAGAUGGGUGGCUGGGUUUGUCCGCACUUGAACAGUGGUGUGCUACAGCAGCAGCAGUCACUGUGGCAUCAGUGAACAGUGUUUGUGGCGGGGAACAGGCAGCAGCAGGCGGAGCAGCAGGGAGACGUGAGGGUAUCGCCCUCUCAGGCAUGCGGUUACCCUUUUCGUCGUGCUUUGACUCGCAAUACACGCUGUCAGCCACGCACGACAAUAUAGAUGACGACGCUGACGAGGCUGGAGCAGGCGCCAGGAACGGCAGAGCAGCCGAACCAAGGCAGUGUGGCUGCUUGCACCGGAGCAGGCUCGGGCCGAGCCAAAGCGGCAGCAAUAGAGGCUGUUCUGUGGAGAUGGGGGAGUGUGGGGUUGAGGAGAGUGGGGAGCGGCGGGGCAAGGGGAAGGCACCGGCAGCUCUGCUGCCACCCCGGCCUCAGAGGGUAGCCAGAGGAGAGGGGGGUACGGGGGGGGAGAGGGGUUGCGGAGGAGGGGAGUACUGCCGCUGCUGUGGGCGCUGCUGUCGGUGCCCCAGUGGCAAUAGAAUGAGGUAGUAGAGCAGCUGGGCCGCGAGUAGCCUUCGUUGCUAUGAGGAUGCAAGGUACAGGGUUUGGGGUUUGGGCUUGCGGAUGUUGUCGAGUGAUGUUGAAUGUGGUGAAGCACGGGGAAAGUCUUCUGCCCGUGUCACGGAAGGGGUUGGUUGGAGGAGGAAGGGGUGCUGGGGGAGUGGAAAGGGGGGUGGGGAGAGGAAGAGUCGGAAGUGGGGAAGGAUAGACGGGCCGGGAGUGAGGGGAAGGGCAGGGGAGGGGGAAGGGGGCACCAACCAGCUUGUCGCAAAAUCUAUUCAUGUACACAUGGACAAGCAAGGCACCUUGCCAAAUUUGAGGGGUUUUGGCGUGUAUGUUUUAGACACAUGUGUUGUGCAUUGAAGUAAACCACACGCUUAGGGUGGUGGUCUAUGUUAUGAAUUAUAACUCAGCGCACAAUACUAAAAGGAAAAGUGAUUA